UAGAAGUUCAAAGAAUAAUAUCACUGUAUAAUACUUUACGAUAUAAUACGUUAAAAAUCCCUUUCUAUAUAUUUAAUGUCAUUAAGUUACGAAUAGAACAACUCUCAUGACUGCAAUUGACUGCAGUUUCUAGGCAACGAAAUUGAUCGAUUUGUAUAGGAUUUAUAAAAAAUUUCGAAUGAAAAAUAUUAUCUUAAGAUGAUUCCACGUCAAUUUUUUCGUUCAAUACAUACAAAUUAUGUACUUUGCUACACAUCAAAGAAAACAUUGUUAAGCAAAUUGCGCAAGAAAACUGGAUAUACAUUUGUAAAUUGUAAAAAAGCCUUAGAGCUAAGUGACAAUGACAUAGUAAAAGCUGAACAAUGGUUAAGGGAACAGGCUCAGGCUGAAGGCUGGUCUCAAGCAAUGAAAUUAAAAUCCAGGGCAACUUCUCAAGGAUUAAUAGCAAUGAUCACUAAUAAUAAUCAUGGAGCUCUUGUAGAAAUUAAUUGUGAAACAGAUUUUGUUGCAAGAAAUAAGAAGUUCUGUGACCUAACAAAGAUCAUACUUAAUGCUGUAUUAAAACAUGGAAUGACAAUUGAACAGGAUUUAUUAGUCAAGAAAACUAUAUUAUCUACAGAAGAAAUAUGUAAAUUAUAUGCAGAUGAUGGUAAAAGUUUAAGUGAUCAUUCUGCUUUAACUAUUGGACUUAUAGGAGAAAACAUUAAUAUAAGGCGUGCAUUAUGUAUGAGUGUGCAACCAGGUAUACAUCUAUAUGGUUGUAUACAUCCUACUUCUGUAAACCCAGUAUCUUCAUCAUUUGGACGAUAUGGAGCAUUCGUGGCUUUAAAAUCUGAUGAAGAGAAAAAAGUUUUGGGAAUACAACUUUGUCAGCAUGUUAUUGGCAUGAACCCAACCAAAAUUGGCGAUGCAAAGGUUGAUCAGCCCCAUGAUAAUGUAGAUGAUGAACCUGUUAUGCUGUAUCAAGAAUUUUUAUUUAAUUCUAGUAUAUCUAUACAGCAGUUAUUGCAAAGUGAGCAGGCUGAAAUCUUGGACUUUGUACGCUUUGAAAUGGGUGAGACGCUCGAAGACAGACAAGAAUUGGAUUCUGUAGAAACUUGCGGUUAAAACGAUUGAAAUUCCUUUAAUAGAUCUUCGUAUUUAUCAUACAUUUUGUACAUAUUUUGAAAAAACCAUGAUUACACUUUUAAAAGAUAAUGUAAACA